CUGAAAUGAUCAUCGUCACUGUCUGUGUGUUGUGGUUUUUUUCUGUCUCUCUCUCUCACGUAACAGCAUCGCAUCGCGUUUGAAUUUGGGAGCUUUUUUGCUGCUGGUGUCGGUAGGUGCCGAUGAUGAUAAGCAAAGUUAAAAACGCGAUGUCCACUUUGGUGGGAGGGAUGAUGCCACACGGACACCACCACAAUCAUCACUCAGGUGGAGGGCAGACCUGCGGACCGGACAGCCUGCCGCCUCGCUUCCCCUACGGCCGGCCGGAUUUCUUGGACCUCACCCCGGAGCUCCUGCAGUACUCCACCGAGCACGCAUCACGGCCGGUCCUCACGUUAAAGAGAGGCAGCAGGCUUCCCUGGCAGACGGGAUACGCAGAGGUGAUCAAUGCGGGGAAAAGUAUGCUGAACGAGGACCAGGCCUCUUGUGAGAAACUGUUCGUGAAGAAGCCGACCGGCAAACACCGUAACUCCACUCUGCUGGAGGACAACGGGGAUGGCACAGGAAUCCCUCUCCAGUUCUGGGGCGUGUUUGAUGGACAUGCAGGUUCAGGAGCUGCCAUCAUGGCUUCCAAGCUUCUUCACCGCCUCAUCAGAGAUCGUUUGGGAGAAAUCUGCCACUUGCUGGAGAACCCCAACAGUGCGCCUCCUAUCUGCUUGGCCAAGAACGGCAGCCCGUACCAGGCAGAGACGAAAAAGGGAGCUUCACAGGAACCAGAGGACCCCGAUGCUGUCAGCGACUCCGCAGUACGCUUUCACAUGGAGAAAGUUGUCAGUUUGGAGAGCCUGGUGAUGGGAGUCAUAGAGACUGCCUUCAAACAGAUGGAUGACCUAAUUGAAAAGGAGAAAACAUCUUAUGCCAUCUCUGGUGGGUGUUGUGCCUUAGCUGCCAUGCAUAUGAUGGGGAAACUCUAUGUAGCCAACUCUGGAGAUAGCAGGGCUAUAAUCAUCCGAAAUAAUGAAGUUGUUCCCAUGACUAAUGAAUUCACACCUGAGUCAGAGAGACAGCGGCUGCAGUAUCUGGGUUUCCUGAGGCCAGAGCUCCUGGGUAAUGAGUUCACUCACAUUGAGUUCCCUCGGAGGAUCCAGCACAGUGAGCUGGGUAAAAAGAUGCUCUACAGAGACCACACCAUGACUGGCUGGGCGUAUAAGACAAUUGUUGAAGAUGAUCUGAAAUUUCCCCUGAUAUAUGGAGAGGGGAAAAAGGCACGCGUCAUGGCGACAAUCGGAGUGACCCGCGGGCUGGGAGAUCAUGACCUGAAGGUGUACAACUCCAACAUUUACAUUAAGCCCUUCCUGUCAUGUGUCCCUGAGGUGCAGGUUUAUAACAUGGAUGAAUACAAACAUGGUCCUGACGACGUCUUGGUCAUGGGCACAGAUGGAUUGUGGGACGUCACAACAGACAGGGAAGUGGCAGAUGCUGUGUCAGCUUACUUAUCCUGCUGUGACCCCUCUGAUCCCAUGAGGUAUACACUGGCAGCCCAGGACCUGCUGAUGAGGUCAAGAGGAGUGCUGAAAGAGCGCGGCUGGCGGCUACCCAAUGAAAAACUGGGCUCAGGCGAUGACAUCACUGUAUUUGUCAUCCCGCUGGCAGGGCACGAGUCAGAGACAUGACGAGGUACUGUGGCGACCGCUAUGACAGAGCUGACUCUUCAGGGUCCCUCCAAGCUCCUUAAACCCCAAACCGAUGGGGCAGCGGGAGAAGAAAACAUCUUUGUCAUAGGGAAGAUUCGGGUAUGAGCAGCACCUUCAUCAACCACUAGACCGGACCCAGCCCAGUGUAGUGGUUGCUUCACUUCAACCCGACCCAGGAUCGGUCAUCCAUCUCCUUCGGUUGGUCUCAGUCAUGUAACAAAAGAUUUUCGGUGACAUUGUAAGAGAAGUCGCACUCUUUCUCCCAGACCUGUUGUUUGUGACGGUUGCCUGUGAGAAUUAAAUCCUUGUAGUAUUUCCUUUCCUGUUUUCUGAUGCUGGACCGCUACUCAAACCUUUGAAUGGACUGUGCAUUUUCAUGUCAUGCCCUGAAUGUGACUCCCUUUUUAAAAAAGAAAAAAAAAAUCCUCCUGCAUUCAUUGUUGUAAAGGGGA